GAGAGCACAGAGUAGAGAGAUGAGAGCUGUCACUUCACGAAACAAGCCAGUCCUCCUUCGCAUAACUCCACGAAUAAAAAGCAAGGCGCAGCAAUCCUUAAGGCAACUGUAGGUUUUUUUCUCAGAGACGAAUAGACCCCCUUUUGGAUCCGUUUACCUUCAAUACCGUCUAUCCAAACAAACACCUGCUUGAGGAGUUCUUUAUGCUCGGAUGAGCCACUUCACCAAGGGACUAUAAUUCCUACUUCAUGUGAACGAAUCGGAGCCUAUGAUAAUAAUGCUUCCUAGCCCUGUUAUUUCUGCCUCCACCACGCCGUUCUCAGUCAAGGACAUACUGAAGUUGGAGCUUCAGCAGCAUGCUCAACAACAGCGGCUUGCCUCACACCUUGGGCCGCCCCAUGAGCGCUCUCACCCGGGUCCACAGCAGCACCAAUACAACCUCCAGUCGCCCCCGUCUUGUAUGCUGGCCGGCAGGGACAGCCCCAGCCCCGGGCUCUCGGAAGAAGAGGAGAGGAUGGCCUACCUGAGUAGUCUGACGGUUCAGGAGCGGCUAAUGGAGACGGGUCUAGCAGGGGAGAUAUUCAUUUCCCCGGGGCUGCAGGGACAUUCAGCCGACACCAGCCUGGAGGUUGAGCAAGAGGACAUAGACGCCAAAGCUUGUGGCGCAAUGGGGGUGAGGGCCUGUGAGGAGUCCCCGCAGGCGCACUCGGACUUGGAGAGACUCCCAAAACAGCAGAGGACCCGGCGGAAACCGCGCGUGCUCUUCUCCCAGGCGCAGGUGUUCGAGCUUGAGCGGCGCUUCAAGCAGCAGCGUUACCUAUCCGCCCCCGAGAGGGAACACCUGGCGAACACUUUGAAACUGACCUCCACACAGGUCAAAAUCUGGUUCCAGAACAGGAGGUAUAAGUGUAAACGGCAGCGGCAGGACAAGACCCUAGAAAUGGCCGGACACCCUCACCAUCUUCCCCCACCUAGGAGAGUGGCAGUCCCGGUGCUGGUGCGGGAUGGGAAGCCCUGCCUGGCUGGAUCUCAGAACUAUAAUACAUCCUACAGUGUUGGAGCGUGCAGCCCCUAUAGUUAUAACGGCUAUCCGGCUUAUUCUUACAAUAAUCCAGUGUAUACUAACACAUACUCAUGCACGUACUCUAGCCUGCCUGCUCUAGCACCCAACUCUACUGCUAACGCUUUUAUGAAUAUGGGUCUGGCGAACCUGGGCGCGUCGCAAUCUCAGGCCCAAACACCACAGGGAACAGGCUGCCAAGGAACUCUGCAGGGCAUUCGGGCCUGGUAGCUGAAUGUGAUGAUCUGCUUGUUGAUUAACAGUUGAUGACGUCGAUCACUAGCCUACAGUAUUUUUGGGAUAAGGGAAACCUGUCUGUGUCCCAUGCAGCGAAAUAGAAGGAUUUCUCAUUGAAAGCUGUCAUAUUGAGACUCGAUCAUCUUGUACGAAUAUAUUAGUUGUUUCCUCAUCAACGCGGCAAAAACAUGUUUUUAAAAGUUGUUGGAUUAUUCCAGAGUCACUGUUGGAUAUAGAUAUAUACUAUGGCAACAUUGCAGACGGACUAAAACGCGUGCGCAACCGUGCGUAAUAUGGCCUAAAAGCUGUUGGGUGCUUGUGAACCAAGGAUGUGAAUGGCAAACAUUGGCAAUGAUUAUAUCUGAGCUCUUUACAUCAGAAAUAUGACUUUACCAGUAGCCUACUUGGUCUUUACCAGUGAAAACAUUAUUCUUCAACAACAUAAUAGAAACUCCUUAAAUAAAAGAUCGAACAUGUAUGAGGAUUAUUUGUUGUUAUUUCGAAUUGACCAUUUGCU